AUGGCUGCUCGACUGUUCGUGCUUUUCGCGGCGAUUGCUGCAGCUAUGCCAUCGGCCUCGAUGCGUGAACGCGAACUCAAGAAGCGGGCCACUACUCUUAUACCCGACACGUGUUUUAGCUCUCAAUCAACCUUUGAGUCUUACUUCUCUUACAACUAUCCCUGGGGUGACACACACAAUGGCGCCGCCCUGAUGAAGGCCUCCCAGGCCACCAUCAUCCAUGACGCCUACCUGCAACUUCAAUCCAAUUACACCGGCCCCCAAUCAGGUGACAGCAGUCUGCAGUAUGACUCGGGAACGGUAUACGCAAAGCAGCAUUUCACGGUCGAGGCUGGUGGGGGUCUGGAUUUCCAGGCCAAUUUUGUUGCACCGGUAGCCGAGGGUUGCUGGCCAGCCUUCUGGCUGACAGCCGUGGAGGGUUGGCCACCGGAGAUUGACCUGGCGGAAUGGAAGGGCACUGGCAAGAUCUCGUUCAACACUUUCAACACGAGCUCCGAAGUAGCCGCCCUGGAUGUCACCUAUCCAACUCCGACUACCGCUUGGCACACGAUCCUCGUCGAGCUCAGAGCCGGAGAUGAUGGGUCGACAGUCCAAGCAAAGUUCUACAUGAAUGGGAACCUCGUCACGACGCAGUACGGCGCUAAGAUGGUCGGCACGGCGUUUUACCUCAUCAUUGACUAUCAGAUGCUGGGUAGUAGUGGAAGCUCCGGGCCGACCACAACCACGUAUUUCGAUGUACAGUAUCUGAGCGUAGUGAGCUACAAUCCGUGA